GCCUUAACCUAACUCAGUUCUUAGAAGCAACCACGCGCGAGGCACGCCUGUGUCCUGUACAGCGCCAAACACUCCCUUUGCCCCCGCGACUGAAGCGCGUGGAAGAAGCUUGCGUACGCGACUGCGUGAUUCGCCUUUACGCACAAGGAGCCAGCUCCAGCGCGGCGCAAACUCUGGGACCGCGAAGGCGCAGGCAGGUGGGCGCAAAGGCCGCUCCGGCGAGCGAGGAAGGGGAGCGGCCUGGCGGUUGUCGGGGCGGUGCCCAACAAACACCCGCUCACUGCCCGCCACCUGCGCCUCUUCGCUGCCCUUCCUGGUCCCUCCUCUUUCCUUCCCUACCUGGCCGCGGCCACGUCAGGGGCUGUUGGUGUCGCCGCGCCGGUGCCCUCUUUGUCGCCGCUCACUCGCUCCACCGGCAGCCCACCAUGAUCUCCGCCCGAGGGGUCUCCAUGCCGCCGCCCCCCAACGCCACCGCCUAUUACCCCCCGCCGCGCAUCACCCUCCCCUCCGGCGUGGAGAUCCUGCGCACCUACUCGGGGGCCUUCAUCUGCCUAGAGAUUCUAUUUGGAGCACUUGUCUGGAUUUUAGUAGCCGCCACCAACAUCCCUUUGGCGCUGCUGCAGGGAUGGGUGAUGUUUGUGUCGGUGACGGCCUGUUUCACCUCCAUCGCCUUCCUCUGUGUGUUUCUCUUCAGUUAUAGAGAGAGAAUUGCAAUUGAUUGGAACCGUUUGGAUUUCCUUUACCAUGCAGCUGUCUUCGUCUUUUAUUUUGGAACAUUUCUGCUGCAAGCAGCAACAACGUCUUUGCAUGGUCAUCCGCUGAAGUUCAAUUUCCUCAGCAACCCCAACACCACUUGCACCCCCUAUCAACCACUUCUAAAUGAACAUGAAUAUAACUUGAGCAUAGCAGCUGCUAUCUUUGCCUUUGCAACAACUGUGUGUUACGGGUGUAGCACAGCCCUUGCUUUAAGAAGAUGGAAACUAUAGCACUAGAGAGGAGACGACAGCUUAAAAGCAUCCUGUCUGAUUUGCGUAUCUGUUCAGAUGAUCAAAUGGUGUACCAAUUGUGGAAUUCCAAAAGAUAGUUGGGAUACAGUUAUAUUUUUCUAAAAUGUUCACACAAACUCACAUACACAGAGUCCAUGUCAUAUAUAUAUAUAUAUAUAUAUAUGAAUAUGACAGGAGCAGCAGGGGAAACUUCUUUGUUAUUUCUCUGGAUUUCAGUUGCUGAUGUUAACUGAUUUACUAGGACAUUGUCCUCUGCUACAGAUAGUAUUAUAAAGUGGGGUAAUGAAUAGGGUUAUUGUUAGCAGACAGUUGCAUUUUUUGGUGCUAAACAUCUGCUUGCAGGAGAAACAAAAAUCUCUGCAGAUGUGCUGGGUAUCUCGCAAGCACAGGGAGGCAGCUAUAAAACAAUAUCCUGCAGUGCUUCUGCCCGAAAGCUAUGUUGGUAGCCUACCAAAAACAACAGCUAAGCACAACCUUCUUUAAUUUCAGCGGGGUUUGUAAAGGUCUAAGGUUGCCAGCUCUCACCCAUCCCUAUGUUCAAAAAAUGUUUUUCCACUUGAACUGUAGUCCCACCCCUCUGAACCAUGCCUAGCUCUUAGAUUUUUUACUUUUAAAGAAUUGGCAGCCCCAUUCUGAGUCUUUGGGAUUCCAGGGAUCUGCCAACCCCAUGUGGGACUUUCAUGGGAGCCUGUUGAAAUGACAUAACAAUUGCUCAGUAGCUGUGCUUGGUGGAUUCUCCUAACACUCAUACACUGAUGUCUAUGCAAGCAGGAUCAUGGAGUUCUAGACUAGUAACCUAACUGUAAUCUUUUUCAGAAAAUUGACUCUUUUUAAAAAAAAGAUAAUUUAUGAAAGGAGAAAAGUGUUUUAGUAUUUAUCCAAUACUUAUAAAGAUCUAGCUCUUAAGCUACACUUUUCAUCAAAGCAUUUUAUGGAAAAUAUAAUUUUUAUCACCUGGGAAGGAAGAGUUGGGUACGUUGCUCAUCUAAAGCUAUACCAUUAGCAGAGGAUGGAAGUGUGCCAUUUUAAAAAAAACCUGGAGGUUUUAUUAGUUAGAUCUGAAAUCAUGACAGCUAGCUAGUUCAUGAAUGUUAUAGCUCUCAAAAUGAAGGGUUUUUUUUUAAUCUGGUUUUGAUUGGGCUGAUAACAUAAACCUUUACACCUCUAGAUUCAAAUUGUAUAUCUAAAUUCCCUUUGGAAAUGACUUGUUUGUUUAUUCAAGAGAAACUGUUAUAUUCAGUAGCAGUUAUUAUACAUUAUAUUGGUUAGCACAGUAGUCUAUAUGAUCUAUUCACAUAAUGGAUAAGUGGCUCCACCUCUGUGUGGGCUGCAUAAAUUUAGAUUUUACUUCAUACUUGCCCUAGCCCUAUGAGGGGUAUUCAGCUGUCCUACUCAGAGUAGACCCACUAAAAUUAAUGAAGCUAAGUUAGUCACAUCUGUUACCUUAGUGGGUCUACUCUGAGUAGGGUUUAGGAUUGAAUGUCAUUUUACUGCCUCCAUCUGGAGUCCCAUUCCAACUUUUGCAGCCAAGAUCUGGAAAGUGCCAAUGUUUUAAUCUAAACUUGUAUAUCUGGUGUAUAUUGUAGAUUCCUGCACUUGUCAGAAAUAGCUUUAGAUACUGAAAGCCGAUAUUUGUUUUAGCAAAAUGUAUUUAUAUUGCAGAACGCCUCUAAAACAUUGUUCUUGGUGUGAAAAAAUGUAUAUUUAUGGUUAACUGUUGUGCAGAUUUCUUCCCCUGGAACAUAAAUGUUUGCACUAUUUCAACUUA